AUGACCGUGUACAUGCCAUCCACGCUCCUGACCCUGGCCGUGCGAAGCGUACUCAGAGAUGAGGCCAUGGCCAUCUCAGCUCUGCAGGAGCUGCCCAUGGAGCUCUUCCCACCGCUGUUCAAGGAUGCCUUCAUUCAGAAACAGGCUAACGUCCUGAGAGCAAUUCUGCAGGCCUGGCCCUUCCCCUGUCUCCCACUGGGGGGUCUGAUGAGGAUGCUGGAGAUACCCCACCUGGAGCGCCUGCAAAUCAUACUGCAUGGGAUUGACACACUGCUUGCCCAGAAAAGCCACCCCGGGAGUUACAAACUGCGAGUCCUGGAUUUGCGGCCUUUGCACAUGGACUUCUGGGAUAUAUGGGCUGGAGAGGCCUGCUACCCAGAGGGCAAGAGUAAGAGAAGACCACAAAAGGGAGGUCCGAUGGUGGCCAAGCAGACCUUGAAGGUGUUUGUCGACCUGUGCCUCAAGCCUACUCCUUUGAAUCCAUGCCUCUCCUACGUUUGCCUGUGGGUGGCAGGGAGGAAAGAUGUGCUGUCCCUGGGCUGCAGGCGACUGAAGAUCACCACAGUAGACAUCCAGAACAUCGUGACGGUCAUGGAAAUGCUGGACCUGGACUACAUGGAGGAAAUGGAAGUGUGCUGCUCCUGGAAGCUGUCCACCCUGGCUGCGUUCGCUCCGUACAUGGGCCAAAUGCAAAAUCUUCGCAAGUUUCUUCUCUCUCACAUCUGUGUGCCUGCCUCCAUUUCCCCUGAGGAGGAGGAGCAGCUGGUCAGCCAGUUCACCUCUCAGUUUCUCAAACUGCGCUACCUCCAGGUGAUCUCCCUGGAUUCUGUCUCCUUCCUCCAAGGUCAAAUGGACCAGAUGUUCAGGUACCUGGAGGGUCCCCUGAAAACCCUCUUUAUCACUGACUCCCAGCUCUUGGAUUCAGACUUGAAGUCCCUGGCCCAGUGUCCAGGCGUACAACUCAAACACCUGAACCUGAGUGGCAUCACGCUGACCAAUAUAAGUCCCGACCACCUCCGAGUCCUGCUAGAGAGAUCUGCAGACACCCUGAAGACCCUGGACUUGGAGAACUGUAUGAUUUUGGACUCCCAGCUCGAGACCCUCUUGCCUGCCCUGAGUCAGUGCUUCCAGCCCACCACGUUCAACUACUUAAGGAAUCCCGUCUCCGUGGCGGUCCUGGAGCGCCUGCUGAGCCACACCGCCAAGCUGAGCUGCUUAACCCUGGAGAUGUACUCCACCCCCUGGGAGGUCUACGGUGUCGACGGCGCUUCCCACUACAAGAGGCUGGAAGAGCUUCGCGAGGAGCUGAGCCAACCGGCGAUGCCACCAGAGAACACCAAGACGGUGUGGUUUAGCAUCAUUCCCUGUCCACCUUAUGAAGACCAGGCCAUUUGA